AACAUGUAAAGCAGAAACCUGGACAGUGAAGUCUUCUGAGUGUAAGCUUUAAAUGAAUCAAAAUGUUUAUGUAUUUAUCAUUAAAAGAUAAACGUAGCGUUUCAAAACUAUAGUCGUGCUUAAAAACCAGUCGAUUUAAGAAAAUGUUACUCUUUACAUGAUUUCACGUUCGACAUACAAUUUGUUAUUUUUGCUUGAAGUCAGAGUGUCAAAAGUUAUACAAACAACUACAAAACUACGACAAGUAAAAGAAAUGUGCUCAUAACACUAGAUAAAUGUAGUAUAUAAAAAAAAAUUGUGUUCAACAUAACAUUUUUUUGAGAAACUCAACGUAUAAUUUACAUAAAAGAUAAAAUCCUCGAACCUCGACUACUAAAUAUACUAAAAACAAAGAAAGGGAAGUUUAAAUAACAGGAUGUGUGUCGUUAUUUAUAAAAUACAACACAGAAGGAGCAUUUUAAGAUUCCAUUGUCAAAUUAUGCUAAGGUCAGAACGGGUCACUAUUUAAUUAAAACUCUACACCAUUCAAAUGUCGUAAGUGUCGUCGACUGAGCCUUGAAUACUGAUGCUGCUUUAUCUUUGGAUUUUUUCGCUGCUAUCGGCUUCAUAUGCCGUUUUGACGGAGAAAGAUAGGUUAAAGGUAGACGGAGAUAUCAUACUCGGUGCCUUGUUCCCAAUCCACACCGUAGGAAAAAAUGAACGAGAAUGUGGUGAAUUCAGUGAGUUGGUGGGAUAUCAGUACAUGGAAGCCAUGUUAUAUACCCUUGAUAAGAUCAACCGACAAAAGGAUUUCUUGCCUGGCAUUAAGCUUGGUACGACAAUAUACGACACUUGUCGAAGUCCCACGAUAACUGCAGAUGAAACAAAGGAAUUUAUUAGGAAGUCACUGCUACCAUCAAGAGUUAACGGAUCUGAAUUUGCUGGUGUGAUUGGGGCGUUUGUCAGUGGAAACUCAGUAAUAGUGGCUAACUUUCUACGCGUUUUUCGCAUUCCUCAAAUUAGUUAUGGAUCAGCAACAGAUGUGCUCAGCAACAAAAACUUGUACAACUAUUUCCUGCGAACCGUUCCACCAGACAGCUUCUUUGCUGCUGCACUAACUACGUUCCUUUUAAAGAUGCGUUGGACUUUUGUGUCUUUACUCUACUCUUCAGGGACAUGGGCGGAGACUGGGGCAGAGAGACUGAGGAAAGUUCUUGAAAGUAACAAGAUAUGUCUUGGAAACAACAUUAAAAUUUCACCUUUUCCUGAUGACGAUGAAUUUGACAAAAUCAUGAAAACUUUGAUCGGUGAUCACGAAGAACAACCACAUGUAGUUGUUCUCUACACAGUUCAAAGAGAUUCUCGUAAAUUGUUGAGAGCAAAAAAGAGGCAUCCAAGCGGCUCGAAAAUAUUUAUUGUAGGAAGUAUUGGAUGGAGUAAUCGUAGAGACAUUACAAAUGGCCUGGAGGAUAUCGCUGACGGGACGAUAACAUUUGGACAUCGUGAAGGAAUGAUUCCUGAAUUUCAAAGUUAUUUUAGAAGUCUUAGGCCCAGUAAUUACAGCAGGGAUUAUAAGAAAUGGUUUGGUGAAUACUGGCAACAAACUUACAAGUGUAAACUUAAAAAUCUUACAAUUCCAACUGAAUACACAAAUGAAUGCAAAGAUGAGCCAAACACAGGUUACAAAGAACUGGCUCCCGUACAAGUCGUUAUAAACGCUGUACAAGCAAUGGCAAAUGGUCUUAAUGCAAUGCACAAACACAAAUGCCUUGGAAAACCUGGACUCUGUGACGAAAUGCGACCCAUUGACAGAACGUUACUUUUACAAUUUCUUCGUAAUGUUACAUACGUAGAUGCAGCAUUCCACUUUCCUGUAUCGUUCAACGCACAACAGGAAGUCGAUGGAAACUACACCAUAUACAACUUCCGUUGGAAUGGCCAAUCCUCGUAUGAGUAUGCUAAAGUGGGAUCUUGGGUGAGCAAGCUUGAUUCUAAUGGCAAUAUUGUGGGAAACUUGUUACUUAAUGAAUCAAAAAUACGAUGGCCAAAUGGCAACUUAAGUCAACCGUUAUCGACCUGUAGACCAAAAUGUGCACGUAAUCAAAUUAUUACGUUACGUGAAGAUAACUGUUGCCAUAGAUGUGACACGUGUGGAACAAAUGACAUAGUGGUAAACAACACGUGCAAGACAUGUGCUGAGACCCAUGUCCCUGAUGUUAAUAGGUCAAUUUGCAAAAAACUUCUAUUGCAUUUCGUGAGUACGGACUCGCCACUUGCAGUAACUAUAACGUUCUUUUCCUCCAUUGGACUUCUUUUUGACGCUAUUGUAUUGGGAAUAUUCUUGAAGAAAACUGACCACAAGCUAAUUAAGGCAUCAGGUCGUGAAAUGUGUUAUUUUAUGCUGGUGGGCAUAGCAUUUAUAUUUACAGUACCAAUGACCUCGCUAUCAAAGCCAUCAAAUGUUCGGUGUUACGUUGAACGUUUUAUUAUGGGAGUAUCUUUUACUGUAUGUUAUGCACCAUUACUUAUGAAAAUGUUUCGCAUUCAUCGCAUCUUUAAACACGCCAAUCAACUGCGCCGUUUAUCUCCGAGUGGUUUGAUUGGCAAACGUUCUUUGCUUUUGAUCACAGCAGGUCUGAUAGCAAUUCAAGGUUUAUUAUGUUGGCUCAUCUUUAGCACAGACCCACCUGAAUUGAUAGAAAAGUAUUAUCAGAAGAGAAAAGAACUUGUGCUUGAGUGUGAUUUCAAGAAGUCUACAUUUGCCAUUUAUUUCGUGUACAAUGCUGUAUUAAUAGUAUGGUGUACAUUUUAUGCUUUCAGAACACGCCAUUUUCCCAAGAACUUCAACGAAGCUCUCUACAUAGGAAUCACGAUGUAUUUGACAUGCGUAGUAUGGGUUAUAUUUUUUGCAACUUUUCUCAACACAGACUACAGUAUUCAUCGUGUUUAUUGGUCAUCUUCAAUGAGCCUUGUUAUUGGUUGGAUCACUCUUGUUGGUUUAUUCUUUCCCAAGAUCUAUCACGUUUACACUAAAACAGAGUUUCCCGCCGAAAACAUGCUGACCUGGGGCGAGACGUCGUUUUCUACUCAGGAGAGCCACGUUGAAAACGAAGCUGUAUGUCAGCGUUGUGGUGACAUUAACAUGGAAGCUAUAGUACGGCAGAAUAAUGAUUUUGCUAGAAUCAGUGGCGACACUGGAUUUUGUAAUCCAGGGUUAAGCUAAACAGAUGUUUCCCACAUUUCAUACCGGCAUUAAUCUGCUUUAAUAGAAAAUGUAUGUUGUAGAAAUGCACGAAACGUUUAUAUGAAUUAAACUGUUAAGUUAUCUCUGUUUAAAA